UACGUUACGCUGGUGGAGCUCUGCUCCAGUAUUAUUAGCAAACGAGCUAACUUUUAACCUUGCUGGCAGCUAACCGGCUGGUUAGAAUGUAUGGAAUUUGGCUAACGUUAGCCAGACGCACGACUACAGGUUAUGUAACUUCAGGUAUAAAGCCAGAUAGGAUGCUGUUCUGACGUUGACAGUAACGUUAAAAGACCGGGGCCUUCGUGUCGCGUUGGACAGUUAUUGAAAUAAGAUACUGAAGGGGAUGCAUUAGCAGCUACUGGACCAGGUUGGUAAUGACGUGCUCCAGAAGCCUCCAUGUGCAUCAGCAGGGUUACCGGUAAUGUUACAGGAGUCAAAUGUCAACACCUCGGUUACAUUGAAUUGAUUUGAACAGCUCUCGACAGGAUGGGAAAGAUCAGCAUAUCCUGCCUUUUCCCUGCUUCCUGGCACUUCAGCAUAUCACCAGUCGUUCUCCCCCGGCUCCUGCUUCCUUCAUUCAGACAGCUAAUUUUCCUGAGUUUGUUGGCGGGGCUUCUGGGUCUCCUUUACCUGCUGCUGGUCACAGGAAAGGGCCAGUACAGCUGGGUGAGGGAGGAUUCCCACAUUCACAGACAUUUGGCCAGGGUGACGGAUUUAGAGGUCACAGACACCAGCAACCCAAACCUUAACUAUGGGCUGGUGAUUGACUGUGGAAGCAGCGGUUCACGGGUGUUUGUCUACUGCUGGCCGCGGCACAACGGCAACCCACACGACCUGCUAGACAUCCGUCAGAUGAGAGACCAGCAUAGGAAGCCCGUAGUCAUGAAGAUUAAACCAGGUAUCUCUGAGUUUGCUACCACGCCAGAGAAGGCCAGUGACUACAUUUACCCUUUACUAAGCUUUGCGGCACAACACAUCCCAAAGUUUAAGCACCAGGAAACACCUCUUUACAUCCUCUGCACCGCGGGAAUGAGAUUGCUGCCUGAGAGUCAGCAGGAGGCGAUCUUGGAGGAUCUGCGGACAGACAUCCCUGUGCAUUUUAAUUUCCUGUUCUCAGACUCUCAUGUCGAGGUCAUCUCUGGGAAACAGGAGGGUGUGUAUGCAUGGAUUGGGAUAAACUUUGUUCUUGGAAGAUUCAAUCAUGGAGAUCAUGAUGGUGAGGCAGUGGUGGAGGUGCAGGUCCCAGGGGGUGACCAGCAGGAGGCGAUGGUACGCAAGCGGACAGCCGGCGUGCUGGACAUGGGCGGCGUCUCCACGCAGAUCGCAUUCGAAGUGCCCAAAAGUGUAAGCUUUGCUUCUCCACAGCAGGAGGAGAUGGCAAAGAACCUGCUGGCAGAGUUUAACCUGGGCUGCGAUGCCCACCGCACAGAGCACGUCUACCGUGUUUAUGUGUCCACUUUCCUGGGCUACGGCGGCAACGCAGCCCGCCAGAGAUAUGAGGAGAGCAUGGUCAGCAAGAUCGUCGCCCAGAACAAGCUUCUGGACCAGCAUGUGGGCGAGUCUGCAGACACUCCAGUCCUAGACCCGUGUCUUCCCAACGACCUGCAGGACGAAGUGGGACCCACGGGGCAGAGGAUCCACAUCCGCGGCACCGGUGACUUCGACUCGUGCCGCCUGCUCCUGCAGCCGUUCCUCAACCGCACCAACGAGACGCACACCUCCCUCAAUGGCAUCUACCAGCCAGCCAUCGACUUUCGGAACAGCCAGUUCUACGGUUUCUCCGAGUUCUACUACUGUACCGAGGAUGUGCUGCGCAUGGGCGGUGACUACAACUCCACAAAGUACACCAACGCUGCAAAGAACUACUGUGCCACCCAGUGGAGGACCUUGAAGGAGCGCUUUGACCGUGGUCUUUAUGCCUCUCAUGCUGACUUGCACAGACUUAAGUACCAGUGUUUCAAAUCAGCAUGGAUGCAUGAAGUUUUCCACACUGGCUUUGCCUUCCCCUCUAAUUACGACAACCUGAAGACAGCGCUGCUGGUCUACGACAAAGAGGUGCAGUGGACACUGGGAGCCAUUCUCUACAGGACACGUUUCCUGCCUCUAAGGGACAUCCAGCAGGAGAGCCUGAAGGGGACGCACUCUCACUGGCGCCCCAGCUUCCCCUACAUCAACACGCACUACCUGUUCCUGGCGUGCUUCUUCGUGGUGCUGCUCUCCAUCCUGCUCUACCUGCUCCGGCUGAGGCGCAUCCACCGCCGGGCGGUCGCGCUCAACCGUGGAGCCGCCUCCUCUUUGCAGUGGUUGGAAGAAGGCUUGGACUCCCCUGACGUCCUCGUCACGCUAUAGGCUGGAGGCUUGCCCUUCGUUAGGUUUUGCCCCUGCCCCCACCCCACUCCUGACAUCACCCUGCCAGGGCCCUUAUUGGCCAGUACACAUGAAGGUCCCCUUUUUAGACUGCUGAAAAGAUGGCAAUAAUCACGCUGACUUGACAAGACUGUUUGGACUGAGAGCUCACGCCUCAGGUGAAGUUUCUGUGCUGCUGUGGCCCAUCACAAAAAAAGACUGUUAACUUCACUGACCUGCGAUUUCAGAGGACAUUUUGAGUGCUAUGAACCGUUUCCGUUUCAGUCUAGCUUUGAAAUGAUCAUGUGUUUCUGUGUUAAUUUAUUUUUGAUGUCUUUGGUUUUCUUGUUUCUUUAUUUUUCGUUUUGUUUUGUUUUCCUUUUUUUUAAAAUGACCAUUAGCAAUGUUAGCAACAGUCCUGAACGUGCACACUCUGUGGCCCGGAGAGAUUUGUUCCCGCACUCCGUGAAGUCCCUUCAUGAUUUAGAUGGAGUUGGACCUUCGUGCCAUCCGCCUCCUUUGUGCCAAAAAAAGAAGGGCACCUUUCUUCUCCCCACUCCUCAUGGACACCCUCUCAUCCAAGUUGUUUAAAUCACACACACGACUAGAUGAUAUUGUUUCCAGUGGCACAUUCCUUAGUUAGAUAGGCAACUUUAUCAUGUCCCGAGUUGCCCUCCUCAUGUCAGGUGAGACCUGGCUCCGAAGCCCUUGUAAGCAGAAAUGCCCAUGCCUUCUACCAUAGAUAUUAAAAAGCUUUAUUUAUCUAUGGCUUCUACCAUAGGGAGACCACAUGGAAAUGCCCGUGGCUUCUACCAUAGAGAGAUCACAUGGACAUUGAUUUCGCUACUUGGCAGUCCUUUUAGAUACCGGUGUUACUCCACUUAACAGAAUGUUUAAUAGUUUUGUGGUACACCUCAAUAGAUGGUAUUUCCUUGAAAAAUGCCUCUGAUUUUACCGUUGGUAAAUAUUUCUGACUAGGGUUAUGGGAUAUCUGCACUGUCAAAACAGUGUUUCUGUAUACGGUAGAGGGUAAAAAUCCAGUGCAGAAUAGUAGAGAUCCCAAGGCAUAGACCAAUGCUUGUGCGUGCGUGCGUGCGUGCGUGUGUGUGUGUGUGUCCGCGUGCGUGCAUGUAAGGGAAGAAUGGUUUAUCAGACCUUUUUGUUUUGAUUUCUAGUUGGUUUCUAGUCUUUCAAAAAUGUUAUGAUUAGUGCAGAGACUCUUUCCAGGCUUCUGAUUUCAAUAGAGCACACUUUUAGGGACCACAUUGCAUCUCGGUUUUACAUCUUGAAAAACUGCUUGUGUCAAAACCCAUAAUAAUAAUGCCGAUAUUAGCACCGCGUACUAUAGUGUGUUUCCUGACACUGCUAUGGCAUGCAGUGUCAUAGAGUUGUAUAGAUUUCAAUAUGUUGUGCAUCCAUGCUUCAUAAUACCCCUGGUACUUUUUUCUUGGGUUUUCAUAAAAUGGUUUAAAGGUGUCUGCAGCAGCUCAAUAGGAAGACCAUAUUUGAAUAACAAUAUCGUGCAAUAUUUUUUUCCGCAAUGUCUUAUCACAUGUUGAGGUCUGACCCAGCUGUAAUCCCAGCGCUGGUCCUGUAUUUUUGAGGAGUGAAAGUCCAGUCUGCUGAAAAUGAUCCACAGGUCUUUUAGUCUAUGUGAAUCUGUCACUGAAUCCUGUGUAUGUGUGUGUGCGAGCGAGUGAAUGUGUGUGUUUUUAUUCAUUUGAGGCUUCUUUUUCUGAAGCCAUUGUCACUGCUGUAUGAAAAAAUGUUUGUGAAAGCACAGACGGCAUAUUUAUAAAUGAUGUUCAGGAAAGGAAUCUGUUUGCACGGAAAAGUUCAACAAUCUUGUCUGAUAUUAAAAACAUAUUGAAGUCCUCAA